AUGUCUCCCGAUUCAAAGGUUGACCAUGGCAUCGCGCCACACGCCCCAGCCGUUGUUGACGCCAACGUCGCCCAUGAAGCUGCCGCCGCAACAGAGGCAGAGCAAAACAUGGGACUCAUGAAGUCUCUCAAGCUCUACAAGAAAGCCUGUCUCUGGUCCAUCUUCUUGUCACUCUGCAUCAUCAUGGAGGGUUUCGACGUUGUUCUCCUGAACAACCUCUUUGCCUAUCCUCCCUUCCAGCGCAAGUUUGGUGUCGAGCAGCCUGAUGGUACUUAUCAGUUGACAGCUGCUUGGCAGUCUGGUCUCUCCAACGGUACUCUUUGUGGUCAGAUUCUCGGUCUCUUCAUCAACGGUAUCAUUGCCGAUCGCUUUGGAUACCGCAAGACUCUCAUCGGUGCUCUCAUUGGAUGCAUCGGCUUCGUCUUUAUCAUCUUCUUUUCCGAGACUCUUGUUCAGCUUCUCAUUGGAGAGAUCUUCAUCGGUAUUCCUUGGGGUGUCUUCCAGACUCUUACCACUACUUACGCCUCUGAAGUUUGCCCUACCCACCUCCGCGCCUAUCUGACCACCUACGUCAACCUCUGCUGGGUUCUCGGACAGUUCAUUGCCUCUGGUGUCCUCCGCGCCAUGGUCACCCGCGACGAUCAGUGGGGUUACAAGAUCCCCUUUGCCCUUCAGUGGAUGUGGCCCGUCCCUCUCAUCAUCGGAAUCUACCUCGCCCCCGAGUCUCCCUGGUGGCUCGUCCGAAAGGGCCGCAUCGAAGAGGCAAAGAUUUCCCUGCAGCGACUUACCGCCCGCAACACCGAGUCCGAGUUCAAGCCCGACGAGACGAUUUCCAUGAUGAUCCAUACAAACGAGAUGGAGAAGGAAGCUCAGGCCGGUACCUCAUACUUUGAUCUCUUCAAGGGAACCAGUCUGCGACGAACAGAGAUUGUUUGCUGUACCUGGAUGGUUCAGACGCUCUGCGGUGCUACCUUUAUGGGAUACUCUACCUACUUCUACCAGAUGGCUGGCAUGGCUGUUGAGAACAGUUUCUCCAUGUCUCUGGGUCAGUACGCUAUUGGUGCUGUUGGUACUGUCUUUUCCUGGUUCCUCAUGGGCUGGUUCGGUCGCCGCACACUCUACCUCUGGGGCCAGCUGGCCAUGUGUGUCCUUCUUCUCACAAUCGGGUGUGUCGCUUUCGCCGGAAAGGAGAACGUCACUGCUCAAUGGGUCAUCGGAUCCCUUCUCCUCAUCUACACCUUUACCUACGAUUCGACCGUCGGCCCCGUCUGCUACUCCCUCGUCGCCGAACUAUCCUCGACCCGCCUCCGAACCAAGACCGUCGUCCUCGCCCGAAACACAUAUAACAUUGUCGGUAUCAUGACCAACAUCAUCACUCCUCGCAUGUUGAACCCUACUGCUUGGAACUGGGGUGCCAAGGCUGGUUUCUUCUGGGCUGGAACUUGUGCUCUGUGCGCUGUCUGGACUUAUUUCCGCCUUCCUGAGCCCAAGGGCCGCACUUAUGGUGAACUCGAUGUUCUCUUUGAGCGUGGUAUCAGUGCUCGCAAGUUCAAGUCUACACAGGUUGAGCGACUGGAUGCUGAGUUUGUGGAUGUUGCAAAGGAAAAGGCUUCUGCCGUUUAUGUUGAGCAGGUCAAGAGCAACCCGUCUUAG